AUGGAUGAACUACUGGAUGAAGAACUUUUUGGUCCUGGCCAUUUUUCAGAUAGUGAACUAGAAGUAGAUAACAUGAUAAAUGGGGCAGAAAGUCAUGAAAAUGGUUCACAAAUUUCAUCUAAUAAUGAACCUCAAAAAACUGUAUUUCCCUCGAUACCAGGGUUGUUCCUUUAUAAGAAUUUAUUAACUCAAGAGCAACAAAAUAGGCUUGUUGAUGCAAUUAUUAAUGAAGGCUAUUUUGAGAGACCGGAAUCAAAUCAAGCAAUGUGUUUUGCUACGGAUCCUAAUGAAGUAAUUUCAGUCAUUCUUCGACCUGGAGAUGUUCUUGCAAUGAGUGGACCUGCUCGUUACGAUUGGGCACAUGGCAUUGAAGCUACUAAAAUCGAUAUAGUUGGAAACGAGAGAAUUGUUCGAAAA